UAUACAAUGGUGAAAAUGGGAGCAAACAUUUUCCAAAAUGUGAGCAGGCAAUGUAGAAAUCUUGGAGUUUUGUAUCCCCAUCAACUUAAAACAUUGUCAUACAGGAACAGUACCAGCAGAGUAUCUGAAGGGCACAUGGUACCCUCCUCAUCAGUACCAUUACCAUGGCCAGGAAGAAGGACCAAAUAUAGCAUCUACAUUACCAUUAGAUGAAGUCCCUCCUAAGAAAGCCAAGGUUGUAGUGUGUGGGGGAGGAAUGGUUGGCACCUCAGUACUCUAUCAUCUGGCAAUGCUGGGAUGGAGCACAGAUACUGUUUUGCUGGAACAGGCAAGAAUUGGAGAGGUUUCCUCAUGGAGGGGAUCUGGAUUCCUUGGUAGCAUAAAACUCAUUAAACCGGAAAUGGACAUUCUUCAUUCAAGCAAACGCCUUGCCCAGGAGUUAGCUGAGGCUGGACAUGAUACAGGAUGGAAGCAGUGUGGGGGACUUCAUCUCGCUCUUACUCGUGAUAGAAUGACUCACUUUCGUAAAAUGAAAGCCAUAGCAGAAGCUAGAGGUACAGAAUGUCAUGCUCUAACACCUGAGGAAGUGUCUCGGAAGUGUGAUAUUCUCAACACAUCAGAUACUGUAGGUGCUUUGUGGGUUCCUGGAGAUGGUGUGUGUGACCCUUAUAAGCUAACUUAUUCUCUCCUAAAGUUAGCACUAGAGAAAGGUUCACACGUCGUGGAAGAGUGCCAGCUAUCACGUGUUGUAGUGCAUGAUCAACGUGUAGUCGCUGUUGAAACCAGCAAAGGAAUGAUAGAAUGUGACUUUGUUGUUAACACUGGUGGUAUGUGGGCAAGAAAAAUUGGCCAAAUGUCAGAACCUCGCGUUAAAGUGCCAGUACAUCCAGCUGAACAUUAUUUCCUCUAUACCCAACCACUUGAAGGAAUGAAUCCUAUGAUGCCAGCUAUAAGAGACCCCGAUGCAAAUAUCUACAUGAGAGAGUUCAACGGAGGUUUUCUUUGCGGCGGAUUUGAAAAAUGGGCCAAGCCAUCCUUUGAGCGUGGGGAUCUUCCAGGUCGCUUGCAUGAGCGAGAUCUACUUGAAGACUGGGACCACUUCCAUGUCUUGCUGAAACAGAUGCUUCAUCGUGCACCUGUAAUGAAGAAUGCAGUCCUUGGUCGUCUCUAUAAUACUGCAUGUUCAUUUUCUAUGGACCACAGAUGGAUAGUUGGAAUGGUACCUGAGCUUCUAAACUACUUUGUGGCUGCUGGUCUGAGAAGUGGUGGCAGCAGUGCAGCUGGUGGCAUUGGCUCCAUGAUUGCAGACUGGAUUGUCAAUGGAACUCCACCCAUGGAUGCAUAUGACCUUGAUAUUCUGCGGUUUCUCCCUGCUCACAAUAACAGAAGAUUUUUGAUUGAUCGUGUUCAAGAGGUUCCUGGAAUUCACUAUAGCAUCGCUUACCCAUUUGCGGACUUCACAACAGGAAGAUGUUUACGAAUGUCUCCGAUAUUCCCUAAACUUAAAGCUAACGGAGCCGUUUUUGGUCAAGUAAUGGGCUAUGAACGUCCCAGCUAUUUUCAACGAAAAGAAAAUAUAAAUUCAAAAGAUUAUGAAGGCGAUACUGAAAAUUCUGCUCCAUUUCAAAUGGCUUUUACCAACACUUGGACAAAGCCACCAUGGUUUAAUUAUGUAGCAGAAGAGUAUGCAGCAUGUAGGGAACGUGUGGCAAUUUUUGAUUAUUCAUCAUUUGCAAAGUUUGAUGUGUGGUCGAAAGGAAGUGAAGUAGUUCAAGCAUUGCAAUACCUAUGUAGUAAUGAUGUUGACAUACCUGUUGGAGGUAUUAUACACACUGGCAUGCAGAAUUCAUAUGGAGGUUAUGAGAAUGACUGCUCUCUGGCACGUAUUGCUCCUAAUCAUUACAUGAUGAUAGCACCCACUAUCCAGCAGACCCGAUGUGGGACAUGGUUGAAGCGUAAUCUCCCAGCUGAUGGUUCAGUAGUCUUGAGUGAUGUGACAUCAAUGUUCACUGCCAUAUGCAUUAUGGGACCACUGGCACGGAAUGUUUUGUCAGAAUUGACGGAUGUUGACCUGUCAACCAAAGCCUUCCCAUUUUUUUCAUUUAAGGAGAUAGAUGUGGGGCUUGCCAAUAGCAUUCGUGCAAUGAAUAUUACCCACACAGGAGAGCUUGGAUGGGUAUUGUAUAUACCAAAUGAGUAUGCACUACAUGUUUACAACAAUUUAGUAUCUGUGGGGAAGAAAUACAACAUGCUUCAUGCUGGCUAUUAUGCAAUGCGCUCACUAAGGAUUGAGAAAUUUUAUGCAUUUUGGGGCCAAGACUUGGACUCGACAACUACUCCUCUUGAAUGUGGUCGAAGCUUCAGAGUUAAACUCAAUAAAAACAUAGACUUCAUUGGUCGAGAAGCAUUAGAACGGCAGAAGAAGGAAGGUGUAAAGAGAUUAUAUGUGCAACUAAAACUCCAAGAUCAUAACCCAGAAGUGGAUCCAUGGGCAUGGGGUGGUGAACCUAUAUAUCGAGAUGAUGUUUUUGUUGGUGUCACAACCACCACUGGUUAUGGCUUUACACUCAAUAAUCUGAUUUGUCUGGGCUUUGUGCGAAAGUAUGAUCAAAAUGGACAGAUGGCUUAUGUCACUCCUGAAUAUGUAAUGGAUGGCCAUUAUGAGGUAGAUAUUGCUGGUGUAAGAUACUCAGCAAGCAUUAGUUUGAGGUCUCCAUCUCUUCCAUCCAAGUUCCCAGAACCGCAGGAUAACAGAUAUCUUGCUACACAAACUUAAAAUGUUCCUUGAGAGUGUAAUUGAUGCAUCAUGGAAGCACCUGGACUACUCAGUGGCCAUCAUGCACCAAGACAGGGUGGCAUCAUCAUAAUAAUAAUAAUAAUCAUUAUUUUUUUCAACGAACCAGUCAUCUCUCACCGAGGUAAGGUGACCCAAAAAAGGAGGAACACUUUCACCAUCAUUCACUACAGAUAUACACCAAUACUACAGUACAAAACUGCAGAUAUCCUCACCCCUCCUUCAGAAUGCAGGCGCUGUACUUCCCAAUCAGGCCGUCUCCCACCGAGGUAGGGUGACCCGACAAAAAAGAAAACACUUUCGCUGUCACUCAUACGAUCACUGUCUUGCCAGAAGGGCACCAGCAUCACAAUUAAGAUGACCCUCAAAACUGCAACAUCCUCACCCUUCCUUCAGAUUGCAGGCACUGGACUCUCCACCUCCAGUACUCAAAUUCAGCUAAAAGAUUACCCUGAAUCCUUUUGUAAAUGAUACCUCUUCUCACACUCCAGCAAAGUAACAUUUAUGAAGGGAUUCAAGGAAACUCAUUAUUAUUGUUCUGUUAUUAUUUUUACUUUUUAACAAAGCCAUCUCCAACCAAGGCAGGGUGACCCAAAAAAGAGAGAGGCACUUUCACCAUCAUUCACACAAUGUCACUGUCUUUGCAGAGGCACCCAUAUAUGACAGUUUAGAUGCUGCUCCAAACAGCCAGUAUCCCAAACCCCUCCUUUAAAGUGCAGGGAUUGUACUUCCCACCUCUGGGACUUGAGUCCAGCUAACUGGUUUCCCUGAAUCCCUUCACAAAAUAUUACCCUGUUUGCAUUCCAACAGCUCGUCAGGUCCCAAAAAACAUUUGUCUCCAUUCACACCAAUUUAACAUUCUCACACAUGCUUACUGCAUGUCCAAGCCCCUUACACACAAAACCUCUUUUACUCCCUCCCUCCAUCCUUUCUUAGGCUGACCCCUACCUCUCCAUCCUUCUGUAAAUGACCAAACCACCUCAAUAAUCCCUCUUCAGCCCUCUGACUAAUACUUUUACUAACUCUAUAGCUUCUCCUAAUUUCCACUUUUCGAAUUCUCCACUCUCCUCCUUGCUGCACCAUUUACAACCUAUCCUUCACACCAAUGUGUGUGUUGGUACCACUAUAUUCUUAAACAUUACCUUCUUUGCCUCCAUGGAUAAUGUUUUUUUGUCUCCAAAGAUUCCUCAAUGCACCACUUACCUCUUUUACUUCAUCAGUUCUAUGCUUAACUUCGUCCUUCAUAAACCCAUAUGCUGACAAAUCUACUCCUAAAUAUCUGAACACAUUCACUUCUUCCAUACUCCCUCCCUCCAAUGUGAUAUCCAAUUUUUCUUAUAUUAUUAUUAUUAUUAUUAUUUUAACAAGUCAGCCGUCUCCCACCGAGGCAGGGUGACCCAAAAAGAAAGAAAAUCCCCAAAAAGAAAAUACUUUCAUCAUCAUUCAACAUUUUCACCUCAUUCACAUAUAAUCACUAUUUUUGCAGAGGUGCUCAGAACACAACAGUUUAGAAGCAUAUACGUACGUAUAAAGAUACUCAACAUAUCCCUCCAAACUGCCAGUAUCCCGAACCCCUCCUUUAGAGUGCAGGCAUUGUACUUCCCAUUUCCAGGAUUCAAGUCCGGCUAUAUAAAAAAUAACCGGUUUCCCUGAAUCCCUUCACUAAAUAUUACCCUGCUCACACUCCAACAGAUUGUCAGGCCCCAAAUACCAUUCGUCUCCAUUCACUCCUAUCGAACACGCUCACGCAUACCUGCUGAAAGUUCAAGCCCCUCACCCACAGAACCUCCCUUACCCCUUCCUUCCAACCUUUUCGAGGAUGACCCCUACUCCGCCUUCCUUCCCCUACAGAUUUAUACGCUCUCCAUGUCAUUCUACUUUGAUUCAUUCUCUCUAAAUGACCAAACCACCUCAACAACCCCUCUUCAGCCCUCUGACUAAUACUUUUAUUAACUCCACACCUUCUCCUGAUUUCCACACUCUGAAUUUUCUGCAUAAUAUUUACAACACACAAUGCCCUUAGACAGGACAUCUCUACUGCCUCCAACCGCCACCUCGCUGCUGCAUUCACAACCCAAGCUUCACACCCAUAUAAGAGUAUUGGUACUACUAUACUGUCAUACAUUCCCUUCUUUGCCUCCAUAGAUAACAUUUUUUUGUCUCCACAUAUACCUCAAUGCACCACUCACCUUUUUUCCCUCAUCAAUUCUAUGAUUAACCUCAUCCUUCAUAAAUCCAUCUGCCAACAUGUCAACUCCCAAGUAGUAUCUGAAAACAUUCACUUCUUCCAUACUCCUCCCCAAUUUGAUAUCCGAUUUUUCUUUAUCUAAAUCAUUUGAUACCCUCAUCACCUUACUCUUUUCUGUGUGCACUUUCAACUUUCUACCUUUACAUACCCUCACAAACUCGUCCACUAACCUUUGCAAUUUUUCUUUAGAAUCUCCCAUAAGCACAGUAUCAUCAGCAAAAAGCAACUGUGUCAUUUUCCAUUUUGUAUUUCAUUCCCCAUAAUUUAAUCCUACCCCUCUCCUGGACACCCUAGCAUUUAGUUCUUUUACAACCCCAUCUAUAAAUAUAUUAAACAACCAUGGUGACAUUACACAUCCCUGUCUAAGACCUACUUUUACCAGGAAGUAGUCUCCCUCUCUUCUACACACCCUAACCUGAGUUUCACUAUAAUUAUAAUAAUAAUUAUAAUAAUACAGUGGACCCUCAACCAGUGAUAUUAAUCCGUUCCUGAGAGCUCAUCGUUAGUCAGAAUUAUCGUUAGUCACGUUAAUUUUCCCCAUAAGAAAUAAUAGAAAUCAAAUUAAUCCGUGCAAGACACCCAAAAGUAUUGAAAAAAAAAAAAUUACCACAUGAAAUAUUAAUUUUAAUACACACAAACUGAAGAUUACAUGCACAGUUACGUGACACUUGCCUUUAUUGAAGAUCUGGUGAUGAUUGAUGGGAUGGGAGGAGGGGAGAGGUGUUAGUGUUUAGAAGGGGAAUCCCCUUCCAUUAGCACUUGAGGCAGCAAGUCUUUUUCUGGGGUUACUUCCCUUGUUCUUUUAAUGCCACUAGGACCAGCUUGAGAGUCACUGGACUUCUGUCGCAUAACAUAUCUGUCCAUAUUAUUAUUAUUAUAAUCAAAAAGAAGCGCUAAGCCACAAGGGCUAUACAGCAUAUCUGUCCAUAGAGGCCUGUACCUCUCGUUCCUUUAUGACUUUCCUAAAGUGGUUCACAACAGUGUCAGUGUAAUAGUCACCAGCACGGCUUGCAGUAGCUGUGUCAGGGUGAUUUUCAUCAAAAAAGGUUUGCACUUCAAGCCACUUUGCACACAUUUCCUUUAUCUUAGAAGUAGGCAACUUCUUCAAUUUCUCUCUCCCCUCCUCCGAAGCAGUUUCCUCAGGUGUGCCCUCUUGCUGUUGAAAAUGAUCUAGCAGCUCAUCAGUGGUUAGUUCUUCACUGUCCUCCACCACCAACUCUUCCACAUCCUCCCCACUAACCUCCAACCCCAAGGACUUUCCCAAUGCUACAAUGGAUUCCUCAACUGGCAUAGGAUUCUCAGGGUUAGCCUCAAACCCUUCAAAAUACCUUUUGUCUACACAUUCUGGCCACAGUUUUUUCCAAGCAGAGUUCAAUGUCCUCUUAGUCACUUCCUCCCAAGCCUUACCUAUAAUGUUUACACAAUUGAGGAUGGUAAAAUGAUCUUUCCAAAACUCUCUUAGAGUCAGUUGAGUUUCUGAGGUCACUACAAAGUACCUUUCAAACAUAGCUUUUGUGUACAGUUUCUUGAAGUUGGAAAUAACCUGCUGGUCCAUGGGCUGCAGGAGAGGAGUGGUAUUAGGAGGCAAAAACUUCACCUUAAUGAAGCUCAUGCCCCUAGAAAGUCGCUCUGCCAAGUCUGAAGGGUGACCAGGAGCAUUGUCUAAUACCAGGAAGCACUUAAGGUCUAAUUUCUUUUCAAUUAGGUAAUUUUUCACAUUGGGGGCAAAUGCAUGAUGUAACCAGUCAUAGGAAAAAGUCCCUAGUGACCCAUGCCUUACUGUUUCCCCUCCACAGCACACACAAAUUAGCCUUGAGGACAUUGUUUUUCCUGAACACUCUGGGAGUUUCAGAGUGAUACACCAAUAAAGGCUUCACUUUGCAAUCACCACUAGCAUUGGUACACAUCAACAGAGUAAGCCUGUCUUUCAUAGGCUUAUGUCCUGGGAGUGCCUUUUCCUCCUGAGUAAUGUACGUCCUGCUUGGCAUUUUCUUCCAAAACAGGCCUGUUUUGUCACAAUUAAACACUUGUUCAGGUUUCAGUCCUUCACUGUCUAUGUACUCCUUGAAGUCCUGCACAUAUUUUUCAGCCGAUUUGUGGUCCGAACUGGCAGCCUCACCAUGCCUUAUCACACUAUGAAUGCCACUACGCUUCUUAAAUCUCUCAAACCAACCUUUGCUGGCCUUAAAUUCACUCACGUCACUAGUUGCUGGCAUUUUUCUAAUUAAAUCGUCAUGCAACUUCCUAGCCUUUUCACAUAUGAUCGCUUGAGAGAUGCUGUCUCCUGCUAUCUGUUUCUCAUUUAUCCACACCAAGAAAAGUCUCUCAACAUCUUCUAUCACUUGCGAUCUCAGUUUCGAAAACAUAGUUGCACCUUUGGCAAGAACAGCUUCCUUGAUUGCCGUUUUCUUGCUCACAAUAGUAGCGAUGGUUGAUUGGGGUUUAUUAUACAACCUGACCAGCUCAGAGAUAUGCACUCCACUUUCAUAUUUAUCAAUGAUCUCUUUCUUCAUCUCCAUAGUAAUUCUCACCCUUUUUUGCUGUAGGGUUGGCACUAGAAGCUUUCUUGGGGCCCAUGGUGACUUAUUUUGCAGGUGCAAUCACUGAAAAGGCUGUGAUAAUAUGAAAUGUUCCAGUUGUAUGUUUGGAAGCGACCGCAGUGGCUGGCUGGCUUGUAAACACUGGCACCAAAGGGACAAGUGAGGCGCGCUCAGGCCAAAGUGGACGCGUAUGGUACGGAACGAAUAGCGCUGGUCGGGUUUUUAAACGCUAGUCGAGGCAAAAUUUUUGCGUUAAAAUGUAUUGCUAGUCAGAUUUAUCGUUAAUCGAUGCCAUCGUUGGUCGAGGGUCCACUGUAAUUAUAAUCCACAUCUCCACUGCUGGAGGCAGUAGAGAUGUCAUGUUUAAGGGCAAUGUGUUAUGUAAAUAUUAUUCAGAGAAUUCGUAGUGUGGGAAUUAGGAGGAGGUGUGGAGUUACUAAAAUAUUAGUCAGAAGACUGAAGAGGGACUGUUGAGGUGGUUUGGUCAUUUAGAGAGAAUGAACAAGAGAGUGACUUUUGAGAGCGUAUAAAUCUGUUGGGGAAGGAAGGUGGGAUAUGGGUCUUCCCCGAAAAGUUUGGAGUAAGUGGGUAAAGGAGGUUUUCUGGGCAAGGGGCUUGGACUUCAAGCAAGCGUGCAUAAGUGUGUUAGAUAGGAGUGAAUGGAGACAAAUGGUUUUUGGGACCUGACAAGCUGUUGGAGUGUGAGCAGGGUAAUAUUUUGUGAAGGGAUUCAGGGAAACCAGUUAGCUGGAUUCGAGUCCCAGAGGUGGGAAGUACAAUGCCUGCACUUUAACCCUUAAAUGGUCCAAAUGUAUAUAUACAUUCUUUCGCGUAGCGCCCCGAAUAUUUUGAGAAAAAAAAUUGUUUUUUUUUUUUUUUUUAUAUAGGAAAGAAGAGCAUGUGGUACCCAGGCAUCCCCAAUUUUUUCAUAUGGUGCACACUGAGUUCGCACACCCAUUCUCUCAUGUCUAGGUGACUUGGGUCUAUCAUACCAGUGUUCAAUGAAUGACAAAUGGAACAUAUACUAUAUACGUUUGGGGCGCUACGUGAGAGAACAUAUAUAUACGUUUGGAGGGACAUCUAAAUUGUCAUAUCUGAUUGCCUCUGCAAAGACAGUGAUUAUGUAUGAGUGAUGGUGAAAGUGUUGAAUGAUGAGAGUUUUUUUUUUCUUUCUUUUUGGGUCACCCUGCCUUGUUGGGAAAUGGCCGAUGUGUUGAAAAAAAUAAAAGCCUGAUGACGUUUUUACACUAUCAUAUAUUAAGUGAGCAAUAUAACUAGGCCUGAAAAUGCAUAUACAGUACACACAUUACUUACCUUAAAAUAUUUUUGUUCUUAGCUUAUAGUGAAUGAUAAAUAUAUUUAUUUUAAGGAGUCUGAAUAAAUGAAGAAUGGGUAUAAUAAUAAUAAUAAUAAUAAUAAUAAUAAUAAUAAUCUUUAUUUACUACAUGUACAUGGUAUACAGGCCUAACUGACAUCAAUGACAUACAUGUACUACUAUAUAGGAAGCCCCUUUGUUAUGCAGAGUAUUUCUGGCAAAUUAGGUCAGUUUUGUCCUAGGAUGCAACCCACACCAGUCGACUAACACCCAGGUACCCAUUUUACUGAUGGGUGAGCAUAGACAACCGGUGUAAAGAAACACCCCCAGUGUUUCUACCCUGGCUGGGAAUCGAACCCAGACCCUCGCCAUGUGAAGCGAGAACAUUAGCCACCAGGCCACCACUGUAUUUGGAAAACGCUGUAAAGCGAAGCGGUGUAAAACAAGGACUGCCUGUAUUAUUGAUUUGAUUUAUGGCAGUUGUCAGUGGAAAGAAUAAGGUUUCUAGAAUGAUCAUUAUCCAUCUGGCAAUCUCUUGAAAUUUAAAUAUAUAACAGAAAAUUAAACAGUUUUGAUUCUUCAUCAUAAUUACUUGUGAACACACAUUUUUAUUAAAAAAAAAUAAUUGGCAGGGUAAUAUUUAGUGAAGGGAUUCAGGGAAACUGGUUAUUUUUAUAUAGCCGGACUUGAGUUCUGGUAAUGGGAAGUACAGCACAAUGCCUGCACUUUACAGGAGGGGUUUGGGAUAUUAGCAGUUUGGAGGGAUGUGUAAUAGGACGGCAUAUAUAUAAUUGGGGCCCUGAUAUUAUAUUCUGUAUGGUAAAUAGUAUAGUUUAUUAUAUCUUUAUAUGUGCUUCUAAGCUGUUGUAUCUGAGCACCUCUGCAAAAACAGUGAUUAUGUAUGAGUUAGAUGAAAGUGUUGAAUGAUGAUGAAAGUAUUUUCAUUUUGGGGAUUUUUUCUUUUUUGGGUCACCCUGCCUCGGUGGGAAAUAGCCGACUUGUUGAAAAAAAACAAAUUGGCAUAUAUGGUUUAUUUUUGUUUCAGCUGUAUUGAUCUAGAUGAAGAGACCCCAAGUACAUCCUGAACAAAAAUAAAUUGUAAUUUAAUAAAGGAAGAAUAUAUUCAUGCAUAAUGGAAUAAAGUAAGUUGCAAUAAAUCUAGUCAUUUUUGUAUAUAUAUAAUUUUUUUUUUCAAAAUAACUCAUCACCAUUAUAAGCUACCAAUAAAUAUUUUGUUGAACUACACUGUUUAAAUAUACGUAUAUAUAUAUAUGUAAAUUACCCAGUACUCUGUUUUAAAACAUUAGAAGAAAUUAUUUAUUAAUAAAUUUACUGUGAAUUAC